GACCAGAAGCACUCAAUUACUCCAUUAAGAUACCUAGCUUUGGGGAUAAAACCAGAGGGUUGAGGACCUGAGUUGGGGAGCUUCUACAUGGAUCAGGAUCCUGAGUGAUGAUGGCCUGGGGGUCUCUCUUGCUGCCCAACUGGGACUCCUGGCAGCUGAAGGGGAGAAGAUACUCUUGUAAGGUAUGCCAGCCCUGAAAGUUGCCAUCUUCUGAGAGACGCUUUUCACACUAGCCACCUCCUUGUGCAUUUCCUUCACCAUGCAGACUCUCUUGGGACUGUUUGUCUUUUGUGCGGUUCUCUCCAUGGGGACAUCUUUGGAGUGUGAAACAUGCCAUGCCCCCAACAAGACCUGUACUGGUGAUAAACAAGCUUGUGAAGCCAACCAAGAUGCUUGUGCCAUCACCUUGAUUGUAACUGUAGGAGGAGGGCAAACCAACUACAACAUUGUAAAGGGCUGUGAUGAAAAGUCUCAGUGCAAUAAGAAAGAGGAAAACAAGCUUGACAAUGGAGGUUCCAUUACAACCACAGUCGAGUGCAGCAACUUCCCCAAACCGGGCACAGCGGGUGGUUCUGCUGCGGCGCAUUCAUCUGCAGCGUCCCUCCUGCUGGCUCUCUCUGCGUUCCUCAUAAGGACAUUCCUGUGACGAAGCGCUUGCAUCAGCCCAACACCAAAUAAAGCAUGCCUGCCGCUUCCCCAU